AUGUCGUGGGUGUGGAGUGUUAUUGCGCUUUCUGUAAUCGCAACAACGGGAAUCGAAAGUGCUAGAAUAUUAGCAUACUUUCCAACACCAUCAAUAAGUCACCAGAUAGUGUUCCGUCAUAUAACAAAAGAAUUAGCUAGGCGAGGACAUGAGGUCACCGUAGUUACAACCGAUCCAAUGCCAACAGAACAAGUCCCAGCCAAUAUGACAGAAAUCGAUGUCCACGAUGUUUCAUAUAAACAUUGGGAGGAAUUAUUUUUGAUUCAUAAAGGAAAAAAGCAAGAUGUUUUAAAUCAGAUGAACAAGCUAUUUGAAAAAUUGGCAACAGUAAUCAACAUACAAAUGGAAACACCUAAUGUUCGAAAAGUUUUACGGAAUAAGGAUAAGAAAUAUUUUGAUUUACUUCUGCUUGAAGCUAUUUGUCGUCCAUUAAUUGGGCUUGCACACAUGUUUGAUGCUCCUAUUAUUACAAUUAGUUCAUUUGGUGCAGUUCCACAUCAGUAUGAAAUUUUCGGAGCGCCUAUGCAUCCAUUGAUAUAUCCCACACCUGGUAGUUUUAGAUCAUAUAAUUUAAAUCUUUGGGAAAAGGGAUUUGAACUGAUGAAAUAUUUCAUAUCAGAAUAUAUGAUUUCAAGUACUAAGGAUUUCGAUGUUAUGAUAAUGAAGAAAACAUUUGGUAAUGAUGUCCCAACUAUUGAAGAGUUGGCAAAGAGAAUUCAAAUGUUAUUUUUAAAUGAACAUCCUAUUUGGGCAGAAAACCAUCCAAUACCUCCAAGUAUAGUUUUUAUAGGAGGUAUUCAUCAGAGUGGUGUUAAAGAAUUACCUAAUGACCUUAAAAAUUAUUUAGAUUCUUCAAAACAUGGCGUUAUAUACGUAAGUUUUGGGACAAACGUUGAUCCAUCAUUAUUACCACCAGAAAAGAUUGAAAUUAUGACAAAAGUUUUCUCGCAAUUAAAAUAUAAUAUUCUAUGGAAAUGGAAUAAUGAUGACUUACCUGCACUGUCAAACAAUACGAAAACAUCUAGAUGGUUUCCACAAAGUGAUCUUCUUAGACACCCAAACGUUAAGCUGUUUAUCACUCAAGGCGGACUCCAAUCAACGGAUGAAACUAUCAACGCCGGAGUACCAGUAAUUGGUAUUCCAAUGUUAGGAGAUCAAUGGUACAAUGCAGAAAAAUUUGUUCAUCAUAAAAUUGGAAUACAACUUGAAAUAACAACAUUGACAGAGAAAGAAUUUAAAGAUGCUAUUAUAACAGCGAUUGAAGACAAAAGCUACAAGAAUAAUAUAAUUAAGUUAAGAGCGCUUAUGAGAGAGUUUCCCAUCAAACCACUGGACAAUGCUAUAUGGUGGAUAGAACACGUCAUCAAACAUGGUGGACAACACCUCCAGAGUCCAGCGGCUCGGAUGAGCUGGGCUGAAUACUAUGAAAUAAAACUAGUGCUUAUAGCUUUAGCUAUAUCACUAGUAAUUUUAGUCUUACUCAGUUACAAUGAAACAGAACAUAAAUUAACAGAAGAAACAAUAAAACAAAAAAUAAAAGCACUAGCAGGCAGGAUAAAGAGAUAUGAAGAUAAAAACAAUAAGAAACAACAGAAUAAAAUGUUCAUUGAAAACGAGCAUAGACUACAAAAGUUUAGAUAG